AUGGCCGAUUCAGUCGAUCGGGUAUUCGUCCAUGCCCUCAACACCGUCAAGAAGAUACCCAAAACUGGGGCCACGCGACCCCCGCCCUCGGAUCGCAUGCGGCUCUAUGGCUUGUAUAAGCAAGCUAUGGAGGGCGAUGUAGAUGGAGUGAUGGAGCGGCCCUCUGUUGCUUCGGGCAUUGCCAUUGAGGAAUUGCAGCGAGAGCAAGAUAAGUGGGAUGCGUGGAAUUCACAGCGAGGUCUAAGUCGGACCGAGGCAAAACGACGCUAUAUCGAGGCGUUGAUAGAUACGAUGCACAAAUAUGCCACGACGCCGUAA